AUGAUCAAUUCGUUAGAGAAAAAAUGGAAGAUGUGUAAGCAUGCGGUGGAUAGAAGGCACGGCCAGUUAGUUGAUAUCACCAUUGUGGAGUAUGACGAUGCUGAUCUUCUUCAUUUUGGUUUUUUUGUUACUUUAACAAACAAAUCAAGUCAGCUAAAAAGACUUGAAGUAUCAUUCUGCUACGAGGAUCCAUAUGAAAGAUGGGUUGAUGCUUUGAAGAAGUUACCAUUAUUAGAGGAGCUCAGUCUCUAUUCAACGGAUUUCCCAAUAGAAGCAGUUGAAAUUGCUACGCAUUAUUGCCCCAUGCUAAGAACACUAAAACUGAACGUGAACUCAAUAAAAUUCGAAGAAGAAGAAGAGGAGUUCCACAAGAUUUAUAAUGAGAGAGCAAUAUCUAUUGGACAAAACUUACCUCACCUAAGGAGCCUUGAACUGAUUGGAAACAAGAUCAUAAAUGUUGGGUUGCAGGCAAUUCUUGACAAAUGCCGUCUCCUUGAAUCGCUUGACUUACGUUCGUGUUUUUUCCUUCAUCUUGAGGAGGAAGAUCCAAAUCUAAUUGGAAAAAAAUAUUUGGACAAGAUGAAAUGUGUAAAAGUAAAAAUGCCCAAAGAUUCUCUUCAAGGAUGCAUGUAUAGGAUGGAUUUUACCGACUACAAUGACAUUAUCCAUAGAUUUAACUCUGAACCAAACAUGGAGAACUUGAAGAAGUUUCUGCUUUAG